GUAACGGCUGUGUUGCUCUGUCGAAUUUGGAGAUUCUGGAGUUUCAGGGAAACCAUCAAACUAAUUCAGCUUCAGCAAUCACCGUAGUAUAUCAGCAUCAACACAGAGAAAGAGUGCACACUGAAAGUGAAACGAAAACUACUAUCUUUAAUUAAUUAAUUGAUUGAUUAAUUAAUUAAUUGUUAGAGGUAUGAAAUCCACAUGCUCCAUUUUUCUUUCUCUUUCUCUGUGAAGCCUUCUUCAAGUAAAGUGAAGUAACGGAAACCCUUUCUCGAUCCAAAUUCUUCAUCCUCUUUCCAUGGAGGACGCAUUUGCCAGAUCUAUUCCCGAGGUCCUUGAUCACUUUGGAGUCGACCCAACUAAAGGUCUAUCAGAUACCCAGGUAGUUCAACAUGGUCGAUUGUAUGGUAUAAACGUGCUGCCUGAAGAUAAAAGAGCUCCUUUUUGGAAAUUGGUUUUGAAGCAAUUUGAUGAUUUGCUUGUGAAGAUACUUAUAGCAGCUGCAGUGAUAUCAUUUAUUCUGGCUUUAGUUAAUGGAGAAACGGGCUUAAUGGCAUUUCUGGAGCCUUCUGUUAUUCUAUUGAUAUUAGCUGCAAAUGCAGCUGUGGGGGUGAUUACGGAAACAAAUGCUGAAAAAGCUCUCGAGGAGCUGCGUGCCUAUCAAGCUGAUGUGGCAACUGUUCUGCGAAAUGGUUGUUUUUCUAUACUUCCAGCCACUGAACUUGUUCCUGGUGAUAUUGUGGAAGUUUCUGUUAAUUUUAUUUUUUAAAAAAUUAUCACAGGUGAGAGCAGCUCGGUGGAGAAAGAGCUUAAAACAACCACAACAACAAAUGCUGUAUACCAAGACAAGACAAAUAUUUUGUUCUCGGGAACAGUUAUGGUUGCUGGUAGGGCAAGAGCUGUUGUGGUGGGAGUUGGUCCUAACACUGCCAUGGGCAACAUUCGUGAUUCAAUGAUGCACACAGAGGAUGAGGCGACACCAUUGAAAAAGAAGCUGGAUGAGUUUGGUACCUUUUUGGCGAAGGUUAUUGCAGGGAUUUGCGUAUUGGUGUGGAUUGUAAAUAUUGGUCAUUUUCGUGACCCUGCUCAUGGUGGUUUCUUGCGUGGUGCUAUUCAUUAUUUUAAGGUUUGUAAUAAUAGGUGUUUGGCUCUUGGAACAAAGCGUAUGGCUAGGUUGAAUGCCAUCGUUCGGUCUUUGCCUUCUGUUGAAACCUUGGGUUGCACCACUGUAAUUUGCAGCGACAAAACUGGAACACUAACUACUAAUAUGAUGUCAGUUGCAAAAGUAUGCGUUGUUGAAUCUGCACAACGUAGUCCUGCUGCUACUGAAUACAGUGUCAGUGGGACAACAUAUGCACCUGAAGGCAUAAUUUUUGACAAUACAGGGAUGCAGAUUGACUUUCCAGCUCAAUUGCCGUGUCUUCUUCACAUAGCAAUGUGUUCUGCUCUUUGCAAUGAAUCAACCCUGCAGUAUAAUCCUGAUAAGGGGAAGUAUGAAAAAAUUGGUGAGUCAACUGAAGUGGCACUACGUGUCUUUGCAGAAAAGGUUGGUCUUCCUGGUUUUAAUUCUAUGCCAUCAGCCUUGAACAUGUUGAGUAACCAUGAACGUGCUUCUUAUUGUAACCAUUAUUGGGAGGAACAAUUUAGAAAGAUGGAUGUGCUGGAAUUUUCUCGAGAUCGGAAAAUGAUGAGUGUCCUUUGCAGCAGAAACCAAUUGAAUGUUUUGUUCUCUAAAGGUGCUCCAGAAAGCAUAGUUGCUAGAUGUACAACAAUUCUGUGUAAUGACGAUGGCUCAAUUGUGCCACUUACUGCUGAUAUUCGAGCAGAGCUGGCUUCAAGGUUCCAUAGUUUUGCAGGAAAAGAAACAUUGAGGUGCCUAGCUUUGGCUUUGAAAUGGAUGCCCUCAGGUCAACAGAUGUUGUCCUUUGAUGAUGAGAGAGAUCUUACAUUUAUUGGGUUGGUUGGGAUGCUGGAUCCACCAAGAGAUGAAGUUAGAAAUGCCAUGCUUUCAUGUAUGACUGCUGGCAUACGUGUUAUAGUUGUCACUGGAGAUAACAAGUCCACCGCUGAGUCCCUUUGCCGCAAGAUAGGCGCUUUUGACCAUAUGAUAGAAUUUUCCGAGCGAUCUUAUACUGCUUCUGAGUUUGAAGAACUUCCACCACUGCAACAAACUCUAGCAUUGCAACGUAUGGCACUUUUUACCAGAGUUGAGCCUUCUCAUAAAAGGAUGCUGGUUGAAGCUUUGCAAAAUCAGAAUGAAGUGGUUGCAAUGACGGGUGAUGGAGUCAAUGAUGCACCUGCACUGAAAAAGGCAGAUAUAGGAAUUGCUAUGGGUUCUGGAACAGCUGUUGCCAAGAGUGCAUCAGACAUGGUGCUCGCUGAUGACAACUUUGCUUCGAUUGUUGCGGCUGUAGCAGAGGGUAGAGCUAUAUACAACAAUACAAAACAGUUUAUUAGAUACAUGAUAUCAUCCAAUAUUGGUGAAGUAGUCUGUAUAUUUGUCGCUGCUGUGCUUGGGAUACCUGAUACUCUCGCUCCUGUCCAGCUGCUUUGGGUCAAUUUGGUUACUGAUGGACUGCCUGCCACUGCUAUUGGCUUCAAUAAGCAAGACUCUGAUGUGAUGAAGGCUAAGCCUCGAAAGGUGAAUGAAGCAGUUGUGACAGGUUGGCUCUUCUUCCGUUAUCUAGUAAUUGGAGCUUAUGUUGGCCUUGCAACCGUUGCUGGUUUUAUUUGGUGGUUUGUUUAUGCUGAUAGUGGCCCCAAACUACCAUAUGUUGAACUGAUGAAUUUUGACACUUGCCCAACAAGGGAGACAACUUAUCCAUGCAGUAUAUUUGAUGAUCGACAUCCAUCUACUGUAUCAAUGACUGUGCUUGUCGUUGUUGAGAUGUUCAAUGCUUUAAACAACCUUAGUGAAAAUCAAUCUCUUUUGGUCGUUCCUCCCUGGAGUAACAUGUGGCUUGUUGCUUCUAUAAUCAUAACUAUGCUUCUUCACAUACUAAUUUUAUAUGUUCACCCGCUGUCAGUUCUUUUCUCUGUAACACCAUUAUCCUGGGAUGACUGGAUGGUUGUCUUUUAUCUUUCAAUACCUGUUAUAAUUAUUGAUGAAGUAUUAAAGUUCUUCUCCAGAAAUCCCAUUGGUUUGAGGUUCAGAUUGUGGUUUAGGAGGUCCGACCUACUUCCAAAAAGAGAAGUGCGUGAUAAGUAAGAUGAUGUGCUGUACUAUUCGAUCAAAUCCUUCACUUGUAACGAAUCAGACAUCCACACAGUGGUAUCCUUGGUUGAAUUCAAAUCAUCAAUCUCCAUAUGCAAUGGCAGUCAAGGAGUUUAGGCAAGGUACCUCAAUAGAUAUGCUGUACAAUAUUUGAUUUCUCUGUAAUAUUUAUAUUAUUAUGAAAAUUCCAAAUGUAGUUGGAUAUAGGCCGUUACUCGAAUUUUUUUUUUAAUUUUCGACUGUAUUUAAUCAAUUUUGCUAGCAUAAUUACCUGCCGGGCCUUGUUGAGUGCAGUGCAGCCAAAGACAGAAAAUCAGAUAACAAAACUCGUGUUUAAUCA